GCGACCUUCAACAACGAUUCAUGUUUAAUGUUGAAUAGCGACCGUGAACAUUGAUUCUAAAUGAAUUACUGAUGCGUUAAACCGGAGUUAUCAAACAACGUUGCACACUACUCAUUUGAACAAGUUUACCUGAAAACAUGUAUCGUGGGAUUUUAAAUGAAUAAAUUUGUAACCUACUUUAUCUUAAAUUUGUGAAAUUGAUGCAUGUCAAAAACGCGUAAAAGUGCAAUUUAAAUCGGACUUAAUUAACUUGAUAGAGUGCAGAUAAAUAUCUCGAAAGUCUUACUAUGAAUUCAGUAUAUUAGCAAAACGUAGCAUCAGGGAAAACACUAGGAUUAUAAUUGCCUGCAAAAAUAUCGUGCGUCCACAACAUCGGUGACGUCACUGUCUGACCAUGGCUACGUCAGACGAACGCUUGGCCCUGUUUAAACAGGAAUAUCCGAUACAUGAUGACGUCGUAAUGACCACCGCCGACUUUGGUGUUGUUGUUGCCUACUUCAUCAUCAUCAUCGCUAUUGGUGUAGUGGCGAUGUGUUGCUCGAACCGAAGCACAAUCGGUGGAUUCUUCCUCGCCGGCCGCUCAAUGGUUUUCUUUCCGAUCGGGGCCUCUUUGUUCGUGAGCAACAUUGGUACAGAACAUUUUAUCGGUCUGUCGGGAUCCGGCGCAGCGUCGGGCAUCGGAGUUGGAGCCUGGGAAUUCAACGCAAUCCUGCUUCUGCAGCUUCUUGGUUGGGUAUUUAUACCCGUGUACAUAGCAUGUGGGACAUAUACUAUGCCAGAGUACCUGACCAAGCGGUUUGGAGGAGAACGGCUCCGGGUCUACUUCGCUGUGCUUUCCCUCAUUCUGUACAUCUUUACCAAGUGCUCAGGAGACCUAUUUACCGGGGCCCUGUUCAUUCAACAAUCAUUGCGAUGGAAUCUGUAUUUGUGUAUCCUUGUGCUUGUAGUCAUCACUGGCAUUCUCACCAUGACAGGAGGGUUAACGGCGGUGAUCUACACAGACACGAUGCAAUGCGCACUCAUGGUGGGAGGAGGACUGUGGCUGAUGGUGGAAAGUUUCAAAAGGAUCGGGGGAUAUGACGGACUUGUACGGAAAUACCCGAAUGCGACGACAAAAGCAGUUUAUCGGUUGCCGAACGAGACGUGCCACGAGACAGACAAAUACUCAUUCCAGAUGUUACGAGGUGUGGAUGACGAUUACAUGCCGUGGCUUGGUUUCCUGCUCGGCCAGACGCCGGGAUCCAUCUGGUACUGGUGUGCGGACCAGGUGAUAGUUCAACGCCUCCUUGCGGCAAAGUCCCUUUCGCACGCCCAGGGAGCCACGUUGAUGGCGGGGUUCAUCAAGGUACUACCGUUGUUCAUGAUGGUGAUGCCAGGAAUGAUCAGUAGAAUCUUGUACGCAGACGAAGUAGCUUGUGUUGAUCCUGAAAUCUGUAACUACGUUUGUCAGAGCGAGGCAGGUUGCAGCAGCAUCGCCUACCCUCGCCUUGUGCUGGGCGUCAUGCCGGAAGGUUUGCGUGGUCUUAUGAUGGCCGUUAUGAUAGCUGCUUUGAUGAGCGACCUGGACUCCAUUUUCAACAGCGCCAGUACUCUCUUUACCGUGGACAUUUACACAAAGAUCCGCAAAUCCUGCUCGCAGCGAGAGCAAAUGGUUGUCGGCAGGUUGUUUAUCCUGGUGAUGGUUGGCGUGUCUAUCGCAUGGGUGCCGGUCCUGAAGGAAACUCAGGGAGGUCAAGUGUUUAUCUACAUACAGGAAAUCACCAACUAUCUCGCCCCACCCUUUGCAGCCAUAUUCCUACUGGCAGUUCUGGUACCCAGGGUCAAUGAAAAGGGUGCGUUUUGGGGCCUAAUGCUGGCGUUUGUCACGGGAGUAACACGCAUGAUCCUCUCGUUCGUUUACUAUGACGCCGGUGGCUGUGGAAAAGAAGAUAAGCGGCCCAUCAUCUUGAAGAACUUCCACUAUAUGUAUUUCUCGCUUUUCAUCACCCUUCUCACUGCUGCUACUGCUAUUAUCGUCAGUCUCUGCACGGAGAAACCAGAACCCAAAUAUCUAACAAGAACAACCUUCUGGACUCGCAAAGCACCGCUUAUACCAAACGAGGACAGCGCCAUCGAGCCUUCAGAAAAGGAGACAGACCACAACGGUUUCACCAACCUGGCAAUGGUGGGCGAUACCAACAUGCAGGUCUUUUCGGUGGAGGACAAGAAGGUUUUUAGGGAUCCUAACAUUGACCGUAAACCAGCUAGGAAAAGAGAUGUGAAGGAAAGCUGUGGAAAUCGGGCGCUCAAUUUUGUAUGUGGGCUGACGACGGAGGUAGAUGAGCAAAAAGAACGACAACUCAAGAUACACAUGGAGAAAGUUGCCUCCCUUAAGCAGAACAAGUACGCGAAAGUUGGCCUAAACAUAGGCCUCGUUAUCAUCCUUUGCUUGGGCGCCUUCUUGUACUUUUUCUUUUCGUUUUGGAAGUAUGAACCAAAAUAACAUUCUAAAGAUAGGCUUGAUUCCCUAAACAUGCCAAUGUUACACUGAAGAAUAGUUCUGUGUACAUUAUAAUCCGUAUUGUGUGUAGAAGGUCAUUAUGCUCCAUCCAUGUGGUUGUUUUGUCCAUACCUUCACAUUCUUAUUGACCAUAUAUCGAAGAAAUACUCCCAUUUGUUGACUGUACAUUAAUUUCUUAUUGAAUUAUACAUGUAAUGACAAAAUGAUGUACGAGAAUAUCCGGAAUAUACAUAGUUUUACUAGA